UUUCUCUCAUGACUCGAUGGCUUUCGAAGACCUUCCAUUUCCCUUCCAUGUGCUUGCACCGUUCUUCAAGCUUCAGAAAUUUUCGGCCGAAAUGGUUCUCAGGUGUCCCGAAUCUCUGUAAAAGGGCUCAUGGCCAGUUUGCUUAUCAGGUUUUUCGAAUAUCUGGUUUUCUUGUUUGUUUCUUAAAACUCUGAGCUACCCAUUUAGAGUAAUGUUUAGAAGACUACAUAUUUCAACCCCUCUGACAAUAAGGUUACAGUCUUUGUUAAAAACCCACUGUUUUGCAAUUUUCUCAGCUGGGUAUGUUACGGAUACCAGUGAUAGGGUCUUAAAUACUAAUGGGUCAGAGUCAGAGAAUGAAUGGGAGAAGUUGCUUAAGCCGUUUGACCUCAAUGAACUUAGGAAGUCACUCGUUCAAAUCACUCCAAUUCAGCUUUGUAAGUUACUUGAACUUCCACUCGAUGUGCCCACUUCGAUGGAGAUAUUCGAGUUGGUAGGUGCCCAGAAGGGCUAUUGGCAUUCUUUUGAUGUGUACUAUGUGUUAAUUGAUAAGCUUGGGGCGGCCGGGGAGUUUAAGGUUAUAGAUAGGUUGUUGAUGCAGAUUAUGGAGGAAGGGAUUGUGUUUAGGGAGUCCCUUUUCAUUAUGAUUAUGAAGCAUUAUGGGAGAGCAGGUCUGCCCGGACAAGCAACUAGGCUGCUUUUGGAUAUGAGAGGUGUUUAUUCUUGUGAACCAACUUUCCGAUCUUAUAAUGUUGUAUUGGAUAUACUCGUGGCUGGGAAUUGCCCAAAGGUUGCUCCCAAUGUCUUCUAUGACAUGUUGAGUAGGGGUAUCUCUCCCAAUGUCUACACAUUUGGGGUGGUUCUGAAAGCACUUUGUAUGGUUAAUGAGGUGGAUACUGCUUGCUCGCUUCUGAGAGACAUGACAAAGCAUGGGUGUGUGCCAAAUUCAGUGGUUUACCAGACUCUUAUACAUGCACUCUCCAAGAAUAAUCAAGUGAAUGAAGCAUUGAGACUUUUGGAGGAAAUGUUUUUGAUGGGUUGCACACCUGAUGUUCAGACUUUCAAUGAUAUUAUCCAUGCUUUCUGCAAGGUCAAUCGGACUCAUGAGGCAGCAAGGUUAGUUGAUCGGAUGCUUCUUCGGGGGUUUACUCCUGAUUAUGUAACUUAUGGUGUUUUAAUGCAUGGAUUAUGCAGGACAGGGCAAGUUGAGGAAGCAAGGGCAUUGUUGAACAAAGUGCCUAGCCCAAAUAUUGUGCUUUUUAAUACCUUGAUAAAUGGGUAUGUUAUGAGUGGACGGUUUGAUGAAGCCAAAGUUGUUCUAUAUGAUGGUAUGCUAGGUAGUGGCUGUGAACCUGAUGUAUAUGCAUUUAACAUAUUGAUUCAUGGACUCUGCAAGAAGGGCCGUUUGGGUUCUGCUCGUGAAUUGGUCAAUGAGAUGGAAAUUAAGGGUUGCAAGCCCAAUGUGAUAACUUACACCAUAUUGAUUGAUGGGUUCUGCAAGGAGGGCCAACUGGAGGAAACUGGUGAUGUUUUAAAUGAGAUGUCAUACAAGGGAUUAAGUCUGAAUAUUGUGGGAUACAAUCGUUUAAUAUCUGCUCUAUGCAAGGAUGGGAAAGUUCAUGAAGCUUUAAAACUGUUUAGUGAAAUCUCAAGCAAUGAAUGUAAGCCAGACAUAUUUACAUUUAAUUCUCUAAUAUAUGGACUGUGCAAGGUUGAUAAGAUGGAAGAGGCCUUAGGGUUGUACCGUGAUAUGGUACUGGAGGGUGUUAUUGCCAACACUGUUACUUACAACACAUUAAUUAAUGCUUUCUUGACUAGAGGUGCGAUCCAAGAAGCACUUAAGCUUGUAAAUGAAAUGUUAUUUAGAGGAUGCCCUCUUGACAAAAUAACCUAUAAUGGGCUAAUAAAGGCACUCUGCAAAGCUGGAGCUGUUGAAAAAGCAAGGGGAUUGUUUGAAGAAAUGAUAAUGAAGGGACUUCAUCCCAAUAGUAUCUCAUGCAAUAUUUUGAUUAAUGGUCUGUGUAGAAGUGGCAAAGUAUAUGAUGCACUUGAGUUUUUAAGAGACAUGAUUCAUCGGGGUUUGAUGCCAGACAUAGUCACUUAUAAUAGCCUGAUAAAUGGUCUGUGCAAGUUGGGACGCAUUUCGGAAGCUUUGAAUCUCUUUGAUAGGUUACAAGUUGAAGGGAUGUGUCCUGAUGUUAUUACUUAUAACACUUUGAUCAGUUGGUAUUGCAAAGAGGGCAUGAUUUAUGACGCUUGUUUACUUUUAAAUAGAGGUGUGAAUAACGGGCUCGUUCCAAAUCAUUUGACUUGGUAUAUACUGGUCAGCAACUUAUCUAAAGAAAGAGAUGAGGGGAAUCAGCGCUAUAUUGUUUAGGGAUUGGGAGGAAGCUUGAUUUUAGUUUCCUCUAGUGCAAAUCAUUGCAAAUACUAGAAUCCCUGUGGUAUUGUUUGGAUGUCUGCCCUCUGGCAAUUUGAGGUGGAUAUGGAAGUACUUUAUUAUGAUUUUCUGCCCAGAAAUGAUACUCCAGAUUUUGAUUUGAGCUCUUUUGAGUCAUAUUUGGGUUGGCGCUUAGGGAACAAACUGGCUGGCUGUCUCAUCUCGUCAAGAGUUUUUUGCUGGUUGAAGCAGAACAAUUCACAUUAUGAUGUGAGAGAUCACAUGGUAUGUGUCUUUCCACUAGGCUUUGAUUUUUAUCAUGUUACAUUAUCAGCUUAAGGAGCUCAUUAUAAUCCCAGGUUUAUGCUUGCAAGCACUCGGCAGGCAAAGUUGAGUGGAGGAGGUGGAAAAUAGUAAUUCAUCAAAGGAUCAAGUGAUCAACUUGUCUAAAGGACGAACAGUAUUCGUAAUUCUUAAGGGAGCUUUUAAAGUGUCAUAUAGAAGAGGUUAUGGCCAUGAUCUGAUAAACCCAAUGCAGCACGUUUUGGAUAAUCAUUUACCUUGGUGGGACUUGGAAUUGUGCAAAUUCCAGUCAGAGCAGACCCAUGACAACAUGUGAUUUUCAUUUUAAAAUCAUGAUGCUGUUCUUUUCUUGUGAUUGUUCUACCCUGGGUAGAUACAACAUUGGUUAUUAUAAAUGCGAGACAAGCAGCAUUUUUGUACUUCUUUGUUUCUGCUCGAACAAAUUUGACAACAUAUGUUAUCGUCAUUGCUGCCCUGAUUUUUCAUGUUCAUAUUUAUGUUCUGUUCAAACUGGGUUCACUUCGGUAAUUUUAAGAUAGCAUCCGU